AUGUUUAGAAAAGAACAGAAAUACUUGGAGAAAGGCGGUGGGAGGGAUGUGGUGGUUCCUAGUGAGGUCUUGGAGAAGAUUCGGCUGAGGUUCAACAAGCCGAAGCCGCUUAGUGCCAAGAAGAAGAUUGUUAAAUGGGCCGGUAGGUUUUCUCAGACGUACAGGUUGGAGUGUGGGGUGAGGCAGAGGGGGAUAACCUCUCCCAAGCUCUUCAGCCUGUAUGUGAACGACCUGAUCGAGGGAUUGAGCAGAACUCCGGUAGGGUGCAGAGUUGAUGAUGUUAGUGUCAACAACAUCAGCUACGCAGACGAUAUGGUGCUGCUCACUCCAUCGGUCAGAGCUAUGAGAAAACUACUAGGCAUAUGUGAAGAAUAUGUGGGUAAGCAUGGUUUACUGUAUAAUGCUAAAAAAAGCGAAUAUAUGGUGUUUAAGGCCGUCGGGGGCAAGCUACCGGAAAGUGUACCAGUCAUCAAACUUAAUUAUAAUGAACUUAAGCGUGUACACGCAUUUAAGUAUCUGGGACACUACGUCACCGAGGACCUUAAAGACCAAUUAGACAUAGAGAGGGAGCGUAGGGCGCUGGCGGUACGAUGCAAUAUGCUGGUAAAGAGUUAUUCGCAGAAGACCAUCAGUGCCCUGCGCGUGCUUUACAAUAAUGGUUUCAGGAUGCUGUUGGGGCUGUCUCGUUUCUGCAGCGCAUCAGGUAUGUUCGCACAAGCUCGCACGGAUGACUACUAUGCCAUAAUACGCAAAAUAACUGCCUCGUUGCUUUGUAGAGUGCGGGCCAGUACCAACCCCAUCCUGGCCACUAUAGCCUGCCGAUAUGACUCACCUAUAGCGCGGCAUUUUGAGUGUGUCAUGACCGCCACUAGGUGAGUGUUUUAUUGUUUUAUUGUUGUAUUA